CUGGUCCGGCAUUUUCCCGUUUUGGAGAUUGACACCACCAGAAGAAAGAAAUGACAUAUUGGAAUGGAAUUUGGAUUCAUCAUAAUGGAAUCUUUCAUGAAUGAAAGAGUUAUUUUUAUUAUACCAGCAUAUUGCACCUGAUUACUAGUUGUAAAUAUUUUUUUAAACUUAAGAAAAUUUGUAAUGUAAAUGAAAAAAUACCUUUUCCUUACACUCAUUGUUUACAAAUAUGAUUAACUUAAGAGCUUUUUGUCGAUUCUCUUGGAGAGUAUUUCAAUUUCGACCCUUCAGUUGUGAACCAUUAAUAAGUCAGAUGAAUAAGUGUACAGAUGAAGAGCAAGUAUUUGAUCUUAUUGAAAAAAACAAAAGCAUACUUUCAGAAAAGCAAGUGGGCUAUGCAUUUAAUAUACUUUGGGAAUUUAAAAAGCAGAAUACAAGUCUGUUAAAAAACGUUAAAUAUAUCAAAGACCAUCCCCAAUUCCUUACUCUUCAAAAUGUAACUACUAAGAAAAUAGAGCACAUGAAUGAUGAGACCCUGGUGAAUGUGUUGUACAUCACACAACAAUUUGCUGUUGAGGCCCAUGACCCAUUCGUUGAGGCCCUAGUUAUAGAAGCAUGGAGAAGACUGGAAAGAUUUGAAAUCAGUGUGCUGUCAAAAUUUUCCUCUUGCCUAGCAGACCAACAACUAUAUUUUAGUCCAUUAAUGGGGAAAAUAGCUGAUACUGUAAAUAAGAACUUGGAAACCACACAGGAUUUAAGAUCUUUGUCUGUUUUGAUGGUCAACAUAUCUUCUUUAAUAUCACAGCAUUUUCAAGAGCAACUAGUGAACAAAACAGAACUUCUUUUGGACACCAUAGAUUCUUCCCAUGUCAACAUUGCAAGAAGAAUAGUACAAUUUCUUCGAAAUACUAAAUAUUGUUAUUAUCCACUAUUAGAAAGGUGCAAUAAAGUGUUUUUAAGCAAUGCAAAUGACCUUGAUUUGGAAUCCAUCAGUAAAAUACUUAGUUUAUAUAAUUCUCUACAGUUUCAUAGUUUUGAAUUUUUUGCAGUUGCUAAAAAGAGGUUAACUGAAAUGAUUCCUCUGAUUGAUCAACCUGCCAGCUUUGUAAAGUUGUUUGUAGCAUUGGCACCCAUGGCAGGACCUGAAGAAAAAAAAAAACUCAAAUCAACUUUGUUAUUGAUGUCAGAAGAACUGACCAGCCAACAAGCCCUCACGGUGAUUGGAGCAAUGGAAGAGAUAGAAAGCAGAAAUGCACGUCUGAUUAAAAAAAUUGCUUCAAUUCUACAGAAACAUUUGGAUAACUAUAAACCAAAAGAGUUACUGAAGAUAACUCGAGCAUUGAUUUUUCUACAUUUUCAAAAUAAAGAUUUUUUUGUGAAACUCAGAGAAUUACUGCUAAGUCAUUUGAAAAUCAGCAUUAAACCUGAUGAGAUUACCACCUUGGUCUGCACUAUUUCCAUGCUUCCUCCUCCUUACCUGGAUAAAACUGGGUUAUCACAAAUUGAGGCUAUUUUACCACAGUGUGACCUAAAUGACCUGAACAUUCUUGCUACAUCUGUUUUAAGAUGGAUUCAGUAUGAUCACAUGUGUCUGGAUAGUGUUACUGGGAAGCAGUUGAAACUACUUCAAAAAUUAGAUCAUUAUGGUCAUCAGAGAUUAAGAAAAUGUAACAAUUUGAAUCUGUUAUGGGAAGAACUUAAAACUUUAACGAAAGGAGACUGGUUUUCUGAAUCACUUCUUGAAGAAGCAGUUGCUGCUUUACAGAGUAUGAUGGAUGAAAUUGAUUACGAAAAUGUUACUGGGAUUGCAUCUUUUAUUUCUAGAACAAACUACCUCAGUCCUUUGCUACUUGAUAGGAUAGCCUCAGUGGUCAUUCAGCAUAUUAAAAAGAUCCAUCCUUUUGCAGUCCUUGCUGUUAUUCUUCCAUUCAGCACAUUGAACUAUGACCCACCACAAAGGGAUGAAUUUUUUGGAACUUGCAUUCAACACCUGAAUUCUUAUUUGAGCAAAUUAGAUCCCCUCAUGUUAGUGUUUCUUGGUUUCUCGUUGGCCACACUUGAAUAUUUUCCAGAACAUCUACUAAAGGCAAUUUUUAACAUCCAGUUCUUGGCCAAAUUGGAUUCUCAGCUUGCACUUUUAUGUUCAUCUCUAAGUAUGAGGGUCCAGUAUCGUCUUAUGGAAUUAAAUAGAGCAGUCUACUUGGAAUGCCCUGAGUAUCAGAUUCCAUGGUUUCAUGACCGCUUUUGUCAACAACAGUAUAAUAAAGAUGUUGGCAGCAUGAAUGGUGCACAACAGCAGAUAUAUAAAAUGUUAGCAGAACUACUGGGAGGAAACAAUUGUGUAAAAGCCUCAGUUCUUACACCUUAUUUCCACACCGUUGAUUUUGAAUUUACCUUGGAUAAAAGAAAAAAACCUCUUCCUUAUGGGAACCAAAAUAUAACUCUGGGAAAACUGCCAGAAAUGCACUGGGAAUUAAAUACCCAAAUAGAUGGAUCAAGGCUGCCACCAGGAGCUGAAAGAAUUGCUUUGGAAUUUUUGGAUUCAAGAGCUUUUUGUGGAAACAUUCCUCAUUUAAAAGGGAAAUCUGCUAUGAAAAAACGACAUUUGGAAAUUUUGGGCUAUCAUGUAAUUCAGAUCCCUCAUUUUGAAUGGAACUCUAUGACAUUGUCAACAAAGGAUGCUCGCAUGGACUACCUGAGAGAACGUAUAUUUGGAGAAGGCAAAUCAUGAUAUUAGUUGUUAUUCAAAAUCAGUUAUCAUGUAACACAAAUAAACUUAUUUUAAUGAGGUAGCCUGAAUCAAAUGAAAUAUAGUAUUGUAAAUUGACUGAUUUUCAGGAUCAACGGAAUAUCUAUUAAACAUUUUAUAAUAGGAGAUCUGGCUUGAAAAUUGUGUAAAAUUUUUUAAUAUAAAAGAUGUGUAGCUUUCAAGAAACUUAAAUAGUUUACAAUUCAUUCUAUGAGUGCAUACUGUGUGCCAGGAACUGUUUUAGAUGUUGGGGAUACAGCAGUGAAUACAAUUUAUUUUCUAUCAGUAGAGUCAAAUAAAAUGAAUAAAACCUGAUCUUAAAUACUAUGGGGAAACAUUCAGGAAAAGGAAUAGCAGCAUUCUAGGCAGUUUUAAUUUUAAUCUGGGAAAGACUCGCCAUAGUGGGUUUUCAAGGCAGAAGCAAUAGAAUUAGCUUACUGACUGAAUAUGAAAUAUGGAAUAAGGGAUCAGAUGAUGUUGAAGGUCAGGUAUGAUGAGGCCUUGAAAAUGUUAAAUUUAGCAACAUGGAAAUCAUUGUAACCCUGAAGAUUACUUUUGGUGAGCAGUGGGUUUGAAAGUGCUAAUGUUGCCAGAGAAAAUGAGAGGAGAAAUGAGUUUUCUUAUAAAUGGAAACAAGGAAUGGGGAGAAACUGAGGGGGAAGUGGACCUGAUCUGAUCCUAUACAAUCUCUUCUCUAUGAAGAGCAGUAUGUAUGUGUGUUUAGCCAAAAGCCUCAAUGUAAAUACUUUAAGGCCAUCUGGUAGGGAUGCAGGUAAUUGUUCAUCUGAAACUUGCUGUCUUCUAACUCCAUAACCCUCUAAAUUCAUUCUGUCCCAAAUUUAGGUUGGUAGCUAAAAUACCUUGAGUUUUCAGCCUACCUUUAAAAGGUGUCCUACAUGUGAUUUUCUCCACUGAUGGUUUAGGCUUAGUUGAUGUACUUUUUUUAAUAAUUAAUUACUUUGCAUGACUUGAGCUCCAGAACUUAAUGAUUUUACAGAAUGUGAACUUCACAGAAACUUGUAAAAAACAGAAUUAGAACAGUAAGUUAGAUAGUAAAUCUUCCUUAUUGUGAAUUUCCUCAUAAUACUCAUUUGUAUUAGCUGAUGGGCUAAAUUUGUUAUGAUUGUGUUUGACUUCCCAAACAACUGAUUACAAGAAAUAAUCCCCUGAGUAAAUUGAAAUAUUUUACUGUGCAUCUUUUAGAAUAAAUUAUUAUUAGACUGAAAAGGAUUAUAAACUGUUUCCUUUUAAUAUAAGUGAAAACAGUUAUUAUAUACUUUGAGUACAUGGGGAUCCUGAAUAAAUGACACUGACUUUACCUUUCAUUUAUUGUUACACAUGCUAUUAUUCUCCAAUUUCUGGGCUGCUUGACUAAAAUGCUUUUCUCUAUUGUAUUUUU